AUGACUUGCCCGUCGACCAAACACAGGCACCCUAAGCUGAGGCAUAAACCAGAUGCUUACGUCAGUGGGCAAUGCGACGAGGCUCUCGGUGAGCACACCUAUUCACACCCAGCAGUUGCCCCGCGGGAUACAUUUAAGAACAGCUCGGGUCACCCAGCUAGCAAGCUCGUUGGUAUCUUUGCCAAGGUCAAUCUGCCAAUGCCGAUAUGGAUGAAAGGCACUAUUGAGCCCAGUCACACUCUCGACACGAACAUCGGCGGAUUCCGCGCCUUGGGAAUGCAUGCUAGACUAACCAGCACUGGAUAUACCCGCCCGGGCGCCGCUGAUGCGGCUCUGCGAUCAGGUGUGACGCCCGACUCGUAUGGGCCAAUUAGAUCAUCGUCAGCAGGCCAGUGGCUCAGCCUCGUUGCAGCCCAGAGAGCUGCAUACAAUGUUCCGAGCGUUGCUUAA